AUGUAUCGGUUGAUACUUAAAACAACAAGUGCUAUUACUUUUCUUGCUCAGAAGCAAACCGAUAUUUUGCUAAAUGCUGAUGAUCUGGAUGCUAUGUAUGUUUGCCUGAGGGAAAAUUGUGUCAUUGAUGAUUCAACUGGUGCUGUAAAGAUGAAUUAUGAAGACUUUUGCCACAUUGCCUCUGUGUGUACAGAGCAAAUAGGGCCUAAAUGUAGAUGCUUUUUCAGUCCUUCAAAUUUCAUGAAGUUUGAGAAAGAUGAAUCAGGGAGAAUUGCCAUCCUACCUUUCUAUCUUUAUGUGAUGCACACGGUGGGUGCUGCUGCUCCUUUCAUACAGAAUGCUGAACCUCCUCCCCUCAUGCGUCAUAUUUUUGGGCUUGAUAAUUGUCUGAUUUCAACACUAGUUUCACUUACCCAAGCCAGGAUUGAUAUGAGUGAGCUCGAUGAAGAUUCUGAUGGGUUCCUUCAACCUCAUGAGAUGGAAAACUAUAUAAAAGUUCUUAUUCCUAAUUUGGCACAACUCCAUGACAUGCCUGCAGCGUUUGAGAAAACGUACUGUUGCAUAGCUACACACAAGUUUUUUUCUUCUGCGAUCCCCACAAACGAGGUUGAAAAGGCGUGCAUAAAGAAAAUGCUACUCAGUAAUCGUCUCCGGGACCUGAUGGAACUACACCAGGAAAGCGAGGAAGAAGUCACCGACACUGAACUAGCCGAAAAUUGGUUUUCACUGACAUCUGCACAAUGCAUAUGUGAUAUGUUUCUUGCUCUUGAUAAAGAUAUGAAUGGAACAUUGAUCAAACAGGAGCUGCGAGAAUAUACGGAUAGAACAUUGGCAGCUAUUUUCAUCGAGAGAGGUAGAAACUGA